AUGCUUGAAGGACUCGUUGCCGGUCUGCUCAACCGCUUCCUGGGCAUGUACGUCAAGAAUUUCGACCCAACACAGCUCAAGGUCGGAAUUUGGUCCGGAGACGUCAAGCUACGCGACCUCGAGCUUCGUAAAGAGGCACUCGACCAGCUCAAUCUCCCCAUCAACGUCGCCGAGGGCCACCUCAGCGAGCUGACCUUGGUCAUCCCCUGGUCCAACCUCCGUGGCGCCCCGGUCCAGAUCUUCAUCGAAAAUGUCUUCCUAUUGGCAAGCCCAAAAGAGGAGGCGCAAUAUGACGAAGACGAGGAGGAGCGCCGGAAACACAGGAUCAAGAUGGAGAAGCUGGACUCCGCCGAGCUGUUGAAGGAGCGAUCACAAGAAGGCCUCACGCAGGAGGAGCAGAAAAAGAGCCAGAGCUUUACCGAGAGUCUGGUCACCAAGAUCGUCGAUAACCUGCAGGUCACGGUCAAGAACAUCCACGUGCGAUAUGAAGACUCAAUAUCGGCCCCGGGACAUCCCUUUGCAUUGGGUGUUACGCUGGAGGAAUUCAGUGCCGUCAGCACCGACGGCAACUGGAAACCAAUGUUCAUCCAGGACACCUCAAAGACCACCCACAAGCUGGCCACCCUCGGCGCCCUCUCGGUGUACUGGAAUACCGACACCAAACUUUACGGCUCAGGCCGGGAGGCAAGCUCCUCUGACCAGCCACCAAUGGAACAUGCCGAGAUGAUCAAGACAUUCAAGGCCAUGAUUGGCGCGGCUGAUGAAAACGUCGGAGUUGACCAUCAGUUCAUCUUGAAACCUGUUAGUGGACAAGCCAAGAUCGAAUUGGACAAAUCGGGCGAUGCCCACACACCAAAGUGGAAAGCAAACCUGCUCUUUGACGAGAUUGGUGUCGUGCUUGAUGAUGACCAGUACCGAGACUCAUUGAUGAUGGUAGAUCUCUUCCACUACUUCAUCCGUCACCAGGAGUACAAGAAGUACCAGCCCAAGGGCGUCAGACCGAAGGAGGAUCCACGAGCCUGGCUCAAGUUUGCGGGUGAUGCGGUUUUGAGCAAGAUCCACGAGCGAAAUCGACGGUGGUCAUGGGAGUUUUUCAAGGAGCGCCGUGACGAUCGUAUACGAUACAUCGAGCUUUUCAAGAAGAAGAAGCAGAGUCAACAGCUCUCGCAGCAGGAGAACGACGACCUGAAUAAGCUGGAGUGGAAGCUCGACUAUGAGGACCUCCGUUUCUGGAGAUCACUGGCUCGCAACCAGCUUAAGAAAGAGAACGCCGCGGCCCUGAGAAACCAGCCACCGAAGCAAGAACAGCCACAAGGCUGGGUUGCGUGGGUAUGGGGCUCCAAGCCCCAGGAGCAAACUACGUCGGACGACGAAAACACACAAAUGACGGAGGAGCAGCGGCAGGAGCUUUACGAGGCCAUCGACUGGGACGAGAAAACGGCUCUGGCUGAUGCCGUCGAUACCCCCAGAGACAGUGUCAAGUUCCAGGUCGAGGCUUCGCUCAGCACCGGAAGCUUUACACUGCGGCAGAGUCCACACAAGAACCCCAAGGACCUGCUCAGCCUGCACUUUGACGUCUUUAAGGCUAAGGCCCUCGCUCGUCCGGACUCCUUCCUCACUGAGGUCAGCCUGGGCGGACUCCGCGUCAACGAUGGCACCACGCCCGACAGCCUGUUCCCGGAGAUUGUGCGAGUCAAAGAUGCACCAGACCGCAAGAAGCAGAAUCGUCUCUCGAUUGUCGAGCUUGAGAAGUCGACCGAGGAGGCUUUCUUCCACCUGGAGCUGGAGCAAAAUCCUCUAGAUGGCCAGGGCGAUUUCGCUGUCAAGGCCAAACUGAAGCCCCUGGAGAUCGUGUGGAAUCCAAACAUUGUUGUUGGUGUCGUGGGCUUCUUUCGACCCCCAGAGCGCCACAUGGAAUCCAUUACCGCGCUCAUGGAGACAGCAGGAGCCACAGUCGAAGAAUUCAGACAGCAGACGAGGGCAGGUCUGGAGUUUGCCCUGGAGGAGCACAAGACCAUCAACGCCAUGCUCGACCUACAGGCUCCCCUCAUCAUAAUUCCGCAAAGCAUCACUACCCGGCGCUCGACGUGCAUGAUUCUUGAUGCUGGUCACAUCAGUGUCAACUCUGAAUUGGUUGAUAGAGAAACCAUGAAAGAGGUGCAGUCGAAACACAACUCAGCCUAUACCGACGAAGAUCAUAAACGGCUCGAGUCGUUGAUGUAUGACAAGUUCAUGGUCAAGCUCACGUCCACUCAGCUGCUCAUCGGCCCCUCAAUCGAAGAGGCGAAGUCGCAGCUAUCUACUAAGAGUGAGAGCUCAACAAUGCACGUUGUCGAACAGAUCAACAUCGACUUCCUUGUCCAACUUUCCAUCUUGCCGAAGGCUCCGAACCUUGCCAAACUCCGAGUUUCCGGCCAUCUCCCUCUCCUGCAUGUAACGGCAUCUGACACCAAGUACAAGAGUCUCAUGAAAUUGAUCGAUGUGGCGCUACCCAAAUUUGGCAACGAUUCUGCACCAGAGCCACAGCACUCCAAUCGACCACGUCUUCAGAGCAAUGUGUCAAGGCGGUCCAGUCGUUCUCUACAGCAGAGUCCCAAAGUACGGCGCAGACGGUCUUCUCAACUUCUACCCUUCACUGGGACAAAAGAACAGGCAAUCGUCCUGGACGACAUUGACGAAGAUGAAGAAACCUUUGAAGAUGCCACUGACGAUCAGCCAAGCGUACAGCUCAAGUUGAAGCAAAAGACAUUCGAGCUGAAGUUCACAGUGGACGAGUUGCGCGGUUCUCUGUACAAGAGCGAUCCCGAUGGGAAGAAUCCGGACGCCCUCCUGGUUGAGCUUGUGGCCCAAAGCUUCGAGGUCAACUACUAUAUGAGGCCUUUUGACAUGGUUGCCGAGGUGUCUCUGGGUUCGGUCACGGUCGAUGACUUUGUCGACCAGCCACCAGCAGAGUUCAAAUCAAUUGUCUCAUCAGGCGACGUCGAGGACAAGAAGGCACACCGGGCACUGGUCAAGGUCAACGUUGUCCGUGUGAAGCGAGACUCGCCCGAGUUCAUGUCCGUAUACGAAGGAGUAGAGACGAACGUGAACAUUGCGAUCGCCACCAUCAACCUCGUGGUAACGCGCAAGACGUUGCUAACUCUGCUCGACUUCAUCCUCGUCACUUUCAGUAAUCCUGGAAAUAACAACCAGCAGCAACAGAAAGCUAUCACGGAUGAUGGGUCGGAGGUUGACAUCGCCGUUGAGCCGCCAGAACCAGCACCGCAGGCUGCUGCCUCCGCCAUUCGAGUUAGGGUCGAUCUGAAAAGCAUUCAGCUUGUUCUCAAUAAUGAUGGAAUACGACUGGCUACGCUUUCUUUCAACCAUGCAGAGGUCGGCGUCUUUCUUCUCGGCACUACGAUGCGAGUCAACACCAAGCUGGGCGAUCUCAGCCUUGUUGACGAUGUGAACCUUGGCGUCUCCGCAGACUCCCCCAUCCGGAAGCUCAUUACGAUCCAGGGCGAUGACCUUGCCGAUUUCAGGUACGAAACGUUCGAUUCGAAGAACGAGAAAUCAUAUCCCGGAUACGACUCAUCCAUAUACUUGCGCGCUGGCUCUGUCAAGGUCAAUUUCCUCGAAGAUCCUUUCCGCAAGAUCGUGGAAUUCAUGGUCAAGUUCGGCAAGAUGCAGGCCAUCUACAACGCUGCUCGUCAGGCCGCUGCCAACCAGGCACAGCAACUGCAGCAAAGUAGCAGCCGCAUCAAACUCGAUGUGAUCAUCAAGACGCCCAUCGUAGUCUUCCCCAACGUCGUAACGCCUGGACGACCCAAGCGAGAUCUCAUCACUGCUUACCUCGGAGAGAUCUAUGCACAGAAUCAAUUUGCUCCACUCGAUGAUUCCGAAGACUCGGAAAUCGCAAACAAGAUGUCCGCCGGGAUCCGCAACGUCAGGCUCACCAGCUUAUUCCACUACGCCGACGACAAAUCCGAGGAGCUGGAGUUGAUUGACCACGUUGACCUGGGCUUCAGCAUCAUCUACGCCGAACACAAGAAGGGUGCAAAACGACCCGAGCUCGAGAUUGAGGGUAACAUGACACAAGUCAACCUGAAGAUCACUCAGUACCAAAUGAAGGCCCUGCUUGCGAUUUCGAAGUCGGUGCCUUCGGCAUUUUCUGGCGACGCAGAUGUUCAAGCUGAGCAAGCAGAGCAGGACGUUGACUCUGGCACCUUGCAGCGUGCUCGGACACUGCCGAGGUCACAGGAUACCAGUCAAGACGAAAGUGUUGACAUGAAGCCCGAGCUUGGAAGCCACGGCGAUACAUGGACGAAGCUCGAUCUCGUCUUCCGUGUGCCCACCGUUGGGUUGGAGCUCAUCAAUGCUCCUGAGGGGCGACCGGUUGGCAAUGUGGAUUCGGCCAGCUUGGGCAAGUUCAGUCUGGAUGAUAGUAAGCUUAAAACCCGGAUGCAAGCCAACGGCAGCCUAGAGGCCGAGUUUGUCAUCCAGAGCUUCACGAUCCAUGAUUCUCGUCCUCGGGAGACGAACAAGUUCCGUCGAAUCAUGACGAGCGGAAACAAGAGUGUGCAGCAGUUCAUGGCGAGCGUGACAAUAUCGGGCGGCAAAGAACGCAACCUCAUUGCCAUGGCUGCAAUAGACUCUCCUAGGAUCAUCUUCGCCCUGGAUUAUCUCUUCGCCCUCCAGAAUUUUAUCAUGACUGGUCUACAGGUCGACGAGCCCAGCCUCAUAGACGAGGAGGACCUGGAAACACCUGAGGAGAGUGACGCGGAUAGCAUGCAAGUCAGCAUCGCUCGCCGCGAGUCCAGCAUCCAGUCGCCAAGGACCUCGGUUAGCACGAGGUCGCCGAACAAGACGGAGCAAAAGGACCAGGACGAGUCAAAGAUGACCAUUGCCUUCCGCGUUAAUAUCGUCGACGCCCAGGUCAUUCUCAUCGCCAAUCCGCUGAGCGCAAGCAGCGAAGCGAUUGUUUUGGGCACUAAGCAGGUGCUACUCGCACAGCAGCAUGCGUUGACCUUCCAGGUCUCCGAAGUGGGGAUGUUCUUGUGUCGCAUGGACCGGUUUGAGGACUCGAGGCUGAGAAUCCUCGACGACUUUUCCAUCCAGAUGUCCAUGGACAGUUCGAAGCCAGACUUGACCAACCUCCAUAUCGACAUUGAGCCGCUGAUUCUGCGUCUUUCGCUCAGAGAUAUUCUGAUUGCGCUUCAGAUUAUUAGCAAGGCAUCGGAACUCUCAGGGGAUGACAAGGCUCAGGACAAGCUUAGUGCUGGUGAUAAGAAGGCGAAGGAGCUUCGACAGGCAGGCAUGAAGCAGCGGACAGCCAGUAGCAAGGGGCCCACGACUAUCGGACAGAAGUCGAAGUCUGGCAAGCACACCACCGCCGUAGGCGCACGUUCGACUGCUGCUAGUAGCAAAGGCAAGGGCCAACCCCACGACAUUGCCAAGAAACCACGAAGGCGAGAGGAACUCACGGCUACUAUCGAUGGUAUUCGCGUCGUCUUGAUCGGAGACUUGCAUGAGUUGCCGAUCUUGGACCUCAGCAUCAAGAACUUCAGCGCGACUGCCGAGGACUGGUCGUCAAGUCUGAAGGCCGAGGUACCGAUAGAGAUGUAUGUUAAUGUGUACAACUUCUCCAAGUCUGCCUGGGAACCACUUCUCGAGCCAUGGUCAGUUGGCGUCGGUGUUGCGAGAGAGCAAGACACUGGGCUGCUUUCCGUCGAUGUGGCGUCUAAGAAGACGUUUGACAUCACAGUCACCACGAACACGAUCGCACUUGCCUCAAAGUCCUUUGCAUUCCUCACUCAAGAUGAAGACGUCCUUGGCAAGCCUAGAGGCACAGAGUCGCCAUACCGAAUCCGAAACUACACUGGUUUCGAGGUGGUCGUGCGCAGCAAGAACCCAACCAGCGAGGAGGAUAUCAACGUGCGCCUCGAUGACGGCAAAGAGGCGCCGUGGAGCUUUGAACAUUGGGAGAAGAUGCGUGAAAACAUGCUGACCGACAGCAUGGCGAGCACGGCUGUCGCAGUCCAGCUCGAGGGCAGUGGCUUCGAUAUUUUGAAAAACAUUCGCCUGAACCGCGAGGGCGAGUUCAUCUACUCGCUCAAGCCGAAGAGAGACAACGUCUCACACCGUCUCAUGGUCGAUGUCAAGCUGGGCGCUGACAACGUCAAAUACGUCACCCUUCGCAGCCCCUUGAUCGUGGAGAACGCCACUCAGAUCCCGGUCGAACUGGGUGUAUUUGAUGCUCAGGAAGGCGAUCUGCUCAAAAUCGAGAAGAUCGCGCCCGGUGAGGCACGCCCGGCCCCAGUUGGCGCUGUGUACUUGAAGAGCUUGCUUGUUCGACCUGACAGCGGCUUCGGGUAUGCAUGGUCCAGCGAAUCACUGUGGUGGAGGGAUCUGUUAAAGAGGCCGACUCGGACCAUGGUCUGCAAGGGAGAACAUGGCGAGCCGUUUUAUUUCCAGAUGAACGCGACAUUCGACCGUUCAAAUCCCAUGACGAAAACCUAUCCCAACAUGAAGCUCAAACUCUCUGCCCCGGUGACGCUCGAGAAUCUUCUGCCAUACGACUUCAAGUACCGGAUCUACGACAAGAACACCAAGAAGGACUGGUCGAAUUUCCUACGAAAGGGAGGAGUCAGCCCGGUCCACGUCACGGAGCUCUCGCGUCUCCUGUUGCUCAGUGUCGACAUGCAGGACACGGUUUUCAAGGCGAGCGAGUUUGCUAUCAUCAACUCCGGAAAUUCUGAGGACUUCAAGAAAGAGCACACACUCAAGUGUCAGGACGACCAAGGCCUCCAGCUCAACCUGAAGUUACAUUAUCACCGUAUCCCGGACAGUGGCGGCGCUUUCAAGGUGACGGUGUACAGCCCGUAUGUCAUCUUGAACAAGACGGGUCUGGACAUACAGAUCCGCCACAAGGGCUUCUUGCAGCAAGCCAAGGCCGCGGCCGGUCAGCCAGGCCUGCUGGUCGAUGUGACUGAGGGCGAGCGCAAGGUGUCUCCUCUUAUGUUCUCCUACGGCAGUGACGAUCACCGCAACAGAGCCAUGCUCAAAGUCGGCAACUCGGAGUGGAGCAAGCCACAGAGUUUCGACGCCAUCGGAAGUGCCGCGGACGUCGUGCUGCAAUCAUCGAGCCGCAACUCCGAGAUUCAUGUCGGCAUCAUUGUCGAGUCGGGUGAAGGCAAAUACAAAAUGACGAAGGUUGUGACCCUGGCGCCAAGAUUCAUCGUCCAGAACAAGAUUGGCGAGGAAAUCAACAUCAGGGAGCCAAGCUCGUCCGAUCUCAUGACCAUCAAGGCUGGCCAACUGAGGCCUCUGCACUUCCUGAAUAAGAGCCCUGUCAAGCAACUGUGUUUGUGCCACCCUGGGGUUGACAAUCAAUGGACCUCGCCUUUCAACAUCUCGGACCUCGGAACCUCUCACAUCAAGAUCGCCAAAGCGGGUCAACGCCAACGGCUGAUUCGCGUGGAGAUCCUGAUGGAAGACGCAACCAUCUUCCUUAAAAUGAGCUUGGAAACCAAGCAGUGGCCAUUCUCUGUACGCAACGAGAGUGACACCGAGUUCACAUUUUAUCAAGCCAACCCCAAUAUUGAUGAAGAUGGAGUCGAGGACCGAUCCGGUUGGCGGCCGAUCCGUUACCGCCUACCACCUCGAAGUAUUAUGCCCUACGCCUGGGAUUUCCCAGCAGCCAAGCACCGCGAGAUCGUCAUCUCCGCCCACAACAAAGAGCGCCAUGUCAAAUUGGCAGAGAUUGGUAAUCUCGUCCCAAUGAGGUUCAACACAAGCGCGGGCGGCCAGAAGAUCAUUGACAUCAACGUUGCCGCCGAUGGACCGACGCAGACCUUGAUCCUGUCAAACUUCAAGCAGUCCAAGAGUCUCUACCGCCAAAAGUCUAUGUCUGGCUCCACCGGAAACCUUAGCAUGGCGGGCUUCGAGGCGAAGGACCAGGACACUGGGACCAGGUUCCGAGCUCAGCUCAAGCUUGCUGGCAUCGGUGUGUCGCUGAUCAACUCUCAACUGAGGGAGCUCGCCUAUGUCACAUUCCGGGACCUUACUCUGCGGUACAGUGAAUCGCCUCUGUUGCAAACUGCCAGUUUAUCGAUCAAGUGGAUCCAGAUCGAUAAUCAGCUCUACGGUGGAAUUUUCCCAAUGAUCCUGUACCCCAGUGUCGUGCCGAAGCGAGCGCAAGAGACGGAUGCUCACCCAUCGCUGCAUGCCAUGGUGACCAGAGUCAAGGAUGACUCGUAUGGUGUCUUGUACAUCAAGUACGCAACGGUAUUGCUUCAGCAGAUGACUGUUGACCUGGACGAGGACUUCAUAUUUGCUAUGUUGGACUUCUCCAAGGUGCCGGGUGCCACUUGGACCGAGGCCGAAGAAGAGGGCAGGCUAUGUGACGACAACCUUGACAUACCGGAGCCCAGUCAACAACAAGCUGGCCAAGAUAUCUACUUCGAGCUGCUCAACAUUCAACCUAUGCAGAUCGAUCUGUCCUUUGUGCGGACUGAACGCAUCAACGCCGAGGACAAGACGUCGUCUCGUAACCCGCUCAUGUUCUUCUUCAACAUCAUGACGAUGGCAAUGGGCAAUGUGAAUGACGCUCCACUUCGAAUGAACGCGCUGAUGUUGGACAAUGUGCGGGUAUCAACUCCGAUUCUGAUCCAGAACAUAUCGAACCACUACAGUCAAGAGGCUCUCUACCAAGUGCACAAGGUGCUUGGAUCGGCAGACUUCCUCGGCAACCCUGUCGGUCUGUUCAACAACAUUAGCUCCGGCAUUGCAGAUGUCUUUUACGAGCCAUACCAGGGACUUAUCAUGUCCGAUCGCCCUGAAGACCUUGGCUUGGGUGUUGCUCGUGGGGCAGCUUCUUUCUUGAAGAAGUCUGUCUUUGGUGUGACCGAUUCUUUCUCGAAGUUCACCGGUGCUAUGAGCAAGGGUCUUGCUGCAGCCACACUGGACAAGCAGUUCCAGGACCGGCGCCGCAUCACGCGAUCCCGGAACAGGCCCAAGCACGCCCUGUACGGCUUCACGACGGGAGCCAACAGCUUCAUCACGUCUGUGGCGUCGGGCGUGGGCGGUGUGGUUCGCAAGCCCCUCGAGGGCGCAGAGUCAGAAGGUGCGCUUGGCUUCUUCAAGGGCGUGGGCAAGGGCGUGCUCGGCCUGGGGACCAAGCCCAUCAUCGGCGUGCUCGACGCGGCGUCCAACGCGGCCGAGGGCAUCCGUAACACCACGACGGUGUUCGACGGGUCGGAGCUAGACCGCGUGCGCCUAACGCGAUUCAUCCCGACGGACGGCAUCGUGCGGCCGUACAACCAGCGCGAGGCUCUGGGCCAGUUCUGGCUCAAGCAGGUGGACAACGGCAAGUACUUCGAUGAGAACUACAUUGCGCACCUAGAGCUGCCGCGCGAGGACAUGGUGGUCAUGAUCACGUACGCGCGCAUCCUGCUGAUCAGGAGCCGGCGGCUGGCGACCGAGUGGGACGUCCCGCUCAAGGACGUGCAGACCAUCGCCAAGGAGCGCACGGGGCUCAGCCUGACGCUGCGCGGGGGCACCAACGGGCCGUUCAUCCCCAUUGGCGAGGAGAGCGGCCGGACCUUCGUGUACCGCAUGGUCGGGGUUGCAGUGGAGGAGUUCAAUCGCCGGUUUAGGGGCAUGGAAUGA